GUGGGCUCAAGUAACAGAGGAGCUCAGACAGGCUCUCUGGGAACUUGAAGAGGAAAAGGAGAAGAGGAGGCACGUUGAGGAGGAGAUGAACGAACAAGACCUGAAGAACAAACUUGGUGCCUUAAUGGAAGAAGGAGAAAAAGAGAAAGCAGCAAUGUUUCUGGGAAAGGAAGCUUCUGAAACUCUGCUACUCGCCCCUGAUAUUGUUCCAUUAAAGGAAGAAGAUAAACUGGUGGGGGAGCUUGAAAAGGAGGCUGGAUUCCCGUCUCAUCAAAAACAGCCAGAGCUGCUCGUAUCCUCUCUGCAGGAGAUAAAGCAGAGUGCAGAGCUCAGCGAUGACAACCAGUUGCAAACACUACAGGCACAUUGUGACCAUCUCAUAUCAGAGCUAGAAGAGACAAAAACAAAGCUAAACGCUGCCUUAAGUCAAGGGACCUCAGAUGGAACAUUUAAAGAGCUUGAAACAACACAUGCACAGCUUCUGGAUGCCGCAGCAGAGGUGGAGAGACUGCAGAACGAGCUAGACAAGAGCCACAUCAAUCUGGACAGGGCUGAGAAAGAGAAGAAUGAACUGGAAUCCCAGAUCCUCUGUCUAAGACAAAACCUGGCCAACCUAGAGGAGGCCCAGGCCCAGGCAGUGCUGGAGAGGGAUGAGCACAAGAGAAAAGAAGAAGAGAUGGACGAGCAGAUUAAAAAAAUGGAGCAAGUCUUAGAGGAGGAACUUGAACAGUUUGAGAUCCUACUAAAAUCCAAGGAUGUGGAGUUGGCUGAAGAGAAGGAAAAAUGGGAGGAAGAGAGACAGGAGAAGAAGAAAGAGCUUCUUGAUGUGCAACAUCUCAUGGAGGAGCAGAAAUGGCAGAGGGAUGAGGAGGUCAAGGCUUUCCUGGAGAAGCAGGUCCUGGUUGUGGAGGAGGUCAGAGAGAAGCUCAAGACGUCUCACCAACAGGAGAAAAAAGACUUGAUGGAGAAACAUCAACAAGAG